UGAGUCGACCCUCGGAGCUUGCGGUGCUUUUGGCCUCGCGGCCUUCUCUCUGUGACGGGACCUCGCCGGCCGUGCCGGGCCUCGGGUCGCCCAUGCCAUGGCACGCAAGAAGGAGCCCCAGCCUGUGCCGGCGCCAUGCCAAGGCCUUGUGGAGGCGGGCUCUGGUUGCUUCUCCCCCCAGCUGGGACCGGAGGGCAGGAUGUACCUCAUCAGGGAGUCCAUCAUGCCGAUGCUGCAGCUCACGCAGCAGGAGACGCCCAUCGUCUGGCGUUCCUUCAAAUGCCCCAGGGGCCAGGAGUUGGAGGGCCUCGGCAAGAAGACCCUGGGCAGCCGGAUCCGGGGCUUCUCCCAGUCCGUGGCGCGUGUGAAGCGCUUCGUGGAAGAGGAGGCCAAGCAGCCGGAGGUGGAUCCGCAGACUGUGGGCUCCCACAAGCUAGUCCUGUGGACCCCACCGGCGGAUGACCCGGAGAGGCGCAAGGAGGUGGUGGUGGACUUCGACGUAUCUUGCAAGCUGCGGGAACACCAACGCAUCGGGGUCCAGUUCCUCUUCGACUGUCUCAUGGGCCUGAAAGACUUCAACGGCUGCGGCUGCAUCCUCGCCGAUGACAUGGGUCUGGGCAAGACCCUGCAGUCGGUGGCGGCCAUUUGGACCUUGCUGACGCAGGGGGGGCCCAAUGGCCGGGGCUGCUGCCGGAAGGCGCUGGUGCUGUGCCCGGCCUCGUUGGUGAAGAACUGGGCGGGGGAGUUGGACAAGUGGCUCCACGGCAAGUGCAAGUACACGGCCUGCGCGGUAACUGGCUCGGCGCAGGUGAGCGGCACCUUUGGGGCCUUUAAGUACGACCGCGAGUCCCGGGUGCUGAUCGCCUCUUAUGAGACCUUCCGCAACCAUGCGCGGGAGGUGGAAGAUGCGGGCAUCGAUCUUAUCGUUUGCGACGAAGCUCAUAAGCUGAAGAACGACGAGGCAGCGACCACGCGGUGCAUCUCCGGAUUGGCGGCCAAGCGGCGCCUGCUCAUCUCCGGGACGCCCAUCCAGAACAGCCUUGAGGAGUUCUUCACCUUGGUGAGCCUGGCCAAUCCAGGCGUCUUCGGGGAGCUUCAGGAGUUCCGAAGGCGCUUCGCGAACCCCAUCCUGAAGGGGCGCGAGCCCACCGCCACCGCCGCAGAGCGCCAGAAGGCGGAGGAGAUGCUAGCAGAGGUCUCCCGCGUCACAGACAAGUUUAUCCUUCGGCGCACGAACCGUCUGAACGCACGCUUCCUGCCGCCCAAGCAGAUCUUCAACGUGUUUGUGAUGCCCACAGACUUCCAGCGGCGGCUCUAUCGGAGCUUCCUGAAGUCCAACAUCGCCAGGAAGCUGCUGGAAGAGAACUGCAAGAUGACGCGCUCGGUGUUGGGCACCAUCAAGAAGCUGCAAGGCCUGGUGAACCAUCCCUACCUGGUGCGCUCUUCCACCCAGAAGCUCGAGGCGGGCUUUGACGAUGAAGAGACAAAGGCCAUGUUCGGGGAGAUCGAUCGCAUGGAUCAGGGCCUCAAGGGCGCGAAGCCGGUGCGGGAGGAGCUGUCCGGCAAGCUGGCGCUGGUGCAUCAGAUCCUUUCGGCCAUCCGCGCGUCCAAGAGCGGGGACCGCAUAGUCCUCAUCUCCAACUGGACGCAAACCCUGGACCUGAUCGAGAGAAUGUGCGGGCAGUACAAGUGGCCCACCCACCGCCUGGACGGAUCCAUGGCCAUCUCCAAGCGGAUGAAGCUGGUCACCGACUUCAAUCGCCCGGAGAACGACCAGGCUUUUGCCUUCCUCCUCUCCUCGAAGGCUGGAGGCUGCGGGCUGAAUCUGAUCGGCGCGAACCGGCUGGUGAUGUUCGACCCGGACUGGAACCCAGCCAACGACAGGCAGGCCAUGGCGCGGGUGUGGCGGGAUGGCCAGAAGAAGCCCUGCUACAUCUACCGGCUCUUCACCACGGGCACCAUCGACGAGAAGGUCUACCAGCGCCAGAUCUGUAAGGACGGCCUCUCCAACAUGAUGGUUACUGAGACAGGCGAGGACGAGGCGCAGAUGACCGAGAGCUUGGCCUCGGAUGAGGUGAAGGAUCUCUUCACAUUCUCGGAGAAGACCGCCUGCGCCACCCACGACAUGUUGAGCUGCCAGCGCUGCUCUACGGACGCGCCCUCUGCGGUGCCGCAGGAGGAGGAGGUCUUGGAGGAUGACCUGCGCACCUGGUCUCACCACCCAGGCGCCGAGGGCAUCCAGGACGACAUCCUGCAGGAGGCCUCCAAGCAGCUCUCCGCCCUGCGUAGCUGGACCCGAGGACACGCUGCGCGCGGAGUGCCUCUGGGCGGUAUUUCCUUUACGAUGGGCUGCCACAUCGAGUACACGAAGGAGCAGAUCGCCAAGCUGGAGGCGGAGGAGAGACAGGAGCAGGAGAAGCGGAAGGCCCAGGCAAAGCCGACGCCUACUCCGGUGCGCGCAGAGGUGAAAGCCAGCCGAGCGCAAGAGCAAGAGCCGCCUGCACAGGCAACGACGGCUCAAAAGCCUCAGGCCAUGCCCAAGCAGCAGGUCAAAGCAAGCCGAGCAGGAGAGCAAGAGCCGCCUGCGCAGGCAGCGCCAGCACGUGCUCAAGCGUCUGAGGUGAAAGCCAGCCGAGCACGAGAGCAAGAGCCGCCUGGGCAGGCAGCGCCAGCACGUGCUCAAGCGUCUGAGGUGAAAGCCAGCCGAGCACGAGAGCAAGAGCCGCCUGCGCAGGUGAAAGCCAGCCGAGCACGAGAGCAAGAGCCGCCUGCGCAGGCAGCGCCGGCUCAACCUCGAAAGUCUGAGAUGAAAGCCGGCUGUGCGCGAGAGCAAGAGCCGCCUCAGGCCAAAGCAAGUCGGACACGUGAGCCACCUCAGGCGGCGCCAGCACGUGCUCAGGCAUCUGAGGUGCCAAAGCAAGAGGAUGGGCCAGCGGCGAAGCGGCUGAGGCUCGACCCAGGCCCAGUGCCAGUGCGGCGCAGCGCGCGCCUGCUGAAGCAAUGAGGCACAAUCUGCUGGAGCAAAGCUUGAUGAUUGUACAGCAUGGGGUAGCGGCACUGCUAGGGUGAGCAAUGUCAUGCACGAGCUGGCUGUCUCCCCUUCGCCCAGAC